AAAAGCAACAUGGAACCUUAUUCCUGUGACACCUUCGUGGCAUUACCUCCAGCAACAGUAGAUAACAGGAUUAUUUUUGGAAAAAAUUCAGAUCGACUCUGUGAUGAAGUACAAGAGGUAGUCUAUUUUCCUGCUGCAGUUCAUGAUAACCUGGGAAAACAGCUUAAGUGUACCUAUAUAGAAAUUGAUCAAGUUCCUGAGACUUAUGCUGUUAUCCUUAGUCGCCCAGCUUGGUUGUGGGGGGCAGAAAUGGGAGCCAAUGAGCAUGGAGUUUGCAUUGGGAAUGAAGCUGUAUGGGGAAGAGAAGAAGUCUGUGAUAAAGAGGCACUACUGGGCAUGGACCUUGUCAGACUUGGCCUUGAAAGAGCUGAUACAGCUGAAAAAGCCCUCAAUGUCAUUGUUGAUUUGUUAGAAAAAUAUGGCCAGGGUGGAAAUUGUGCAGAAGGUAGUACGGAAUUUAGUUAUCACAACAGUUUCCUGAUAGCUGAUAGGAAUGAAGCCUGGAUUUUGGAGACUGCAGGAAAGUACUGGGCAGCAGAAAAGGUACAAGAGGGAGUUCGUAAUAUUUCUAAUCAGCUUUCUAUAACAACCAAGAUUGAUCGAGAGCACCUGGACUUGAAAAACUAUGCUAAGCAGAAAGGUUGGUGGGAUGGUAAAAAGGAGUUUGAUUUUGCUGCAACAUAUUCAUAUCUUGACACAGCCAAGAUGUUGACUUUAUCAAGCAGAUACUGUGAGGGCUACAAGCUUCUGAGUAAACAUAAAGGAAACAUAACUUUUGAAACAAUGAUGGAAAUACUCCAAGAUAAACCAAGUGGUAUUAAUAUGGAAGGAGAAUUCCUGACCACUGCAAGCAUGGUUUCUAUUUUACCUCAAGAUUCCAGUCUUCCUUGUAUUCACUUCUUUACAGGGACCCCUGAUCCUGCAAGAUCUGUUUUUAAGCCUUUCAUAUUUGUGCCAAAUAUUUCACAACUAUUGGACACCAGUUCACCAACAUUUGAACUAGAAGAUCCAGUUAAAAAGAAGUCACAUUUUAAGGUUAGGCCUGACAGAAGACACCCACUCUACCAAAAACAUCAACGGGCAUUUGAAGUAAUAGAUAACGAUAAGGAAAAAGCCAAAACAAUGUUGGAUAACAUGAGGAAACUGGAGAAAGGACUAUUCACAGAGAUGGAAUCAAUCAUUCAAAACAAACAUAUUGAUGUGGAUAAAGUUGUUAAUCUCUUUUCUCAGUGUGCAAAAGAUGAAAUUAGAAUUUAUGAAUCAUAUAUUAAUUCUUAGUGAUCAUAUAAAUGGUCAAC